AUUAGUUUUAAUUCACGUUUGUAUAAUAUAUUAUUCUUCUUUUAUCCUUAUUUUGUACCAUAUUUAAUAACGUUAUCUUACUUUAGUCUGUUAUGUAUAUUAUGUUGUUUUAAAUCAUGAUUAUUUGAAACUUUUAAGCAUAUUUUUUAAAUAUGGGAAACAUUAAAUCUAAAUCUCCAAGAAAUAAUUGUGAAUUUGAAGUUUUUGAGCAGGAAAUAAUUCCAACUGAUAACCAAUAUAUUAUAAAUGAGAAUUUUGACCCUCCCGACCAUAUAAAACCCGUAGAUAAUUUUGUUAUUUCGAAAUUAGCCCACAAAAAAACUAUUUUCCUACUCAAAAAUGUUACUGUCAAAGCAUUCCCUAAUGUAAAUAAAUUUUCACUUUGUUUUGAAUAUGACACCGCUGAACCUUGUACUGUGAUUUUUAAAUUCGGCCAAAAACACAUGGGAUUGGAUAAUGGCGUACCUCGUUUUUCCAAACCAAAUCGCACUAGUAAAACUUUCAAUUUGGAAGUUGGAAAUGACAAGAAAUUUGAACUAGAAUAUUCGUACGUACUCCAACUACGUAAUGUUACUUUGGACUCUGCAUCUUUCACUACGGAGCGGAAAUUUGUACCGAUUUUGAUCGUAAUUAGCUCUUUAACGAACGACUUUACGUACUUUGCAAUGUGUGGUCUAAAGAAGGACAUAUACGAGAACUGGAACAUUUAUGUAACCAAGAGAAGAAUUAAGGUUGGAUCAUGUGGAUAUUUGGUACAAGAAGUCUAUGGAUUAAACGAGUCUGAAUAUGGAAUCAAAAAGGACCAAAAGGAUGAGCGAAUAAAAAAUUGUGCUAUUUGUCUAGAAACGCCUUCAAAUACUAUUUUACUUCCUUGCAGCCACAUUUGUCUCUGUUCCGAGUGCUCUAAAACAGUUUCAAUCCAGUUUGGAGCAUGUCCUAUGUGCAGAACUGUCGUGAGCCAGAUUUUACACAUUAACGAUCAUAGAUGAUUUUAAAAUAAACCCUUAAAAUACUAAUUCAAGUA